AUGCUGCUUGUUAUGCAAAUCGGUACGCAGCAAACGGAUGUUUUGCCUUCGGAAUACACGUAUUUUUCCAUCGACCACGCGGUAGUGCACACCGCAGUAGCGGCUCGUCGCGACAUGACCAGGGUACCCCGAACCCGCGCCUUUUUCGAAACAAACAGCCCAUCGCCUGGGCGGGUGCUGCGCUGGUGGGUGCUUUGGAGCCUGCUGUGGGGCGGCUCCGGUUCGCUGGUGCACCGCCGGUCCCGGAGCCACGGCUGGAACGAAGCGCCCUCUUGGGCCGGGUACGGGUUCCACACGUACCCCCAUCCGGAUAGCUCGCCAGCGGCGCCCAGGGAGGUGAUGGUGGAGGUUGUUAACGAUUUGGGGCUCAAGUUGCUAGCGAUCCACAAUGAAAACAACGAAGAUAAUAUCGCCAUAUCGCCCUAUGGGGCUCUAAGUAUACUAGUAGCUCUUGGAGAAGGCCUCCAAGGAGACGCAGUCAGGGAACUACAGAGGGCUGUGCAUGUACCUAACGAUAUUUCUGUUAUAAGAAUCGGAUUGAGAGACAUUCAUCGUCAUCUCAAGAGCUAUUUCAUACCAAGAGAAGGAUUUUUGGCAGGACUGACGCUUAAUCACGAUAAUGUAUCUCUUCGACCGGAAUACGAAGAUGUGCUGAGAUUUUAUGGAUUCGAUAUCAUGUCUUUUAAUAACGCGCUCUAUCCGGAUCCUCAAACCACUGAAAAACCAAUUUAUUUCACCACCACAGAAAACCAACAUCGCGAAAUUACCACCACUGAGAAAAGCCCAGAAACUACCAGUACUAUUCUUAGUACCACCACUGAGAAAAACCCAGAAACUACCAGUACUAUUCUUAGUACCACCACUGAGAAAAACCCAGAAACUACCAGUACUCUUCUUAGCACCACCACCGAGAAAAGCCCAGAAACUACUAGUACUAUUCUUAGUACCACCACUGAGAAAAGACCAGAAAUUACCACUGCUAUGCUUAGCACCACUACCGAGAAAGGCGAAGAAAAGACCAGUACCACAAUCGCAGUACAAACUAAAACUGACAUACCUACAUCAACCAGUACCGAACCUACUACUGUAUCAUCCAGUGUAGUAACAACUCCUUCCACUGACGAGAACAGUACUAGUACUAUUACAACCGAAUCGACAACUAAUAAAGAAUCUACAAUGACUUCAACUGAAACCAUCUCAACUGAGUCUGAUACGACUGCUAAUGAAAUAUCUACUUUACCGAUCACCACAACUACUGAGCAAGUGACUACAACUACAACCGAUUCAGCAAUUACUUCUAGUACAUUCACUCCAAGCGAUACUACAAUUACACCAACUAGCACCAGUACAGAAGGAACAACUGUUUUUGAAGAAACUACGAAAUUAAUUCUCGCUAAAGAUGACCCAGAAACAUCUACAAUCGUUACAACAACUAAUGUAAAUACUGAUUCUACAACAACUACAAUGAGUUCUGUUCCUGAAAGUAUGGUAACUACAACAGAGAUUCCACUGAGCACUGCUGGCGAAGAAGAAACUGUUGUGGAUACCACCGAACAAAACGUUGAAGAAACUACAACAGAAACAUUGUUAAUGUCUUCAACCAGCAUGCUUGAAUCAGAAACAUCAACUGAACUUUCUACUUUAACUAGCGAAAGUACAACGCUGGUGUCUUUUCCCUAUCCCGAUGCUUCCGCUCCUCCCGCUGGAGAUAUUACAACGGGGACGAUGGAAGAAAAUGAAAUUAAUAACAAAGAAGGUGUUGCUAAGAGAAAUACGUUUAUUGAAUCAAAUAAUGGAGUCAACAGAACAACCAGAAAAUCCAGAUCGCUCAUCGAUUACAUCAUAGCCAGACAUUACGACGGCGACCAAACAGCGAAUCACUUGGCCCUCCAGAGCUAUCCAGAACCCCCCCAUCUGGAGCCCUACCUACCGCAGACGCGGCCCGAUUUCCUCGUGCAGGGGAGAUUCCCCGAACGGAACGUGCACUACAUGAAGUACGACACGGUGUUGCCGUUCGCCUUCCUAUCGCAUCUUCGAGCCUUCGCCCUGAGCUUCCCGCUGGACAGCGACAAGUACUACCUGUUGCUGGUGCUCCCGCUGGACGAGGCCGGCGUCGAUAAGUUGAUUUGCGACGUGAGAUUGAACGGGAAUUUGAAGGGCAUCGUAGAGGGGCUGAGGUACAGGCAUGUGGUGGCUGUUAUUCCCAAUUUCAUGCUGAAGGGUUAUGUCAAUUUAACGCCUAGUCUGCAGAAGUUGGGGGUUAGGAAGGUGUUUGAGCCGGGUCAAGCGGAUUUUUCACCGAUGACGAGGAUGAGAGAAAUUUACAUCACCAACAUUGAGCAAGCCAUAUCUGUGAAUAUAAAAAACUACGUAGAUCCUGAAGCAUACGAUACAAGAAGACAAUACACGGAGUAUAAUCCGAUAGAAUUUCGAGCUGAUCAUCCAUUUCUAGCCAUAGCCCGGCUCUUAGGCAAAGAUCCUUUAGAGGAGGAUUAUUAUGGAGACCCUAUAGCCUUCGAGUCGGGACCUCUCCUCGAUUUCGGUAUUUCCUGGGUACAUACUUUCAAGAAAUUCGUGGUACCGAAACACAUUAGAACCCACGGAAGAUGUCCUUUGAAAGCCGGUUGUAGAACGUAAUUUAAGCUUGUACAAACGUGAUAA